AUGUCUGAACAUAUCCAGACUCCCUUCAGUGCCAACCGUGUAGUCCAAGGUUCAGCAAUUCAGCACAUUACACAACAACUGGUGAAAAAUGAAUUGGAUAUAGCUCCUACUAUGGGAGAGACUCUUAAGACCAUUCAGCAGGUGAAAACUGGCAAGGCAGCUGGGGCUGAUGGAGUCCCACCUGAGGUCUGGAAGCAUGGAGGCCAAGCACUCCGUGCUAAAUUUCACGAGCUCAUUGUGCGCUGCUGGGAAAAAGACGAACUACUACCAGGUCUCUGUGAUGUAGUCAUCAUCACCCGGUACAAGAAGAAAGGAGAAAAGUCAGGCUGCUCAAACUACCAAGGUGUAACUCUGCUCUCCACUGCUGGAAGAAUCUUCACAAGAAUACUUUAGAACAGAUUAAUUCCCGGUAUCUCAGAAGAACUCUUACCUGAAAGCCAAUGUGGUUUCAGAGCCAAUAGGAGUGCCACAGACAUGGUAUUUGUUCUCAGACAACUGCAAGAGAAGUGCAGGGAACAGAACAAAGGACUCUAUAUAACUUUUGUUGACGUCACCAAAGCUUUUUACACUGUGAGCAGAAAAGACCUGUGGCAGAUCUUGGAACAAUUAGGAUGCCCCUCCGAGUUCCUCAAAAUGAUUAUCCUGUUACAUGAGGAUAAUCAUGUGACCUCGUGCGGCCAAGUCAGAUAUGGCGAUGCACUCUCUGAGCCCUUCCCAAUAACCAAUGGUGUGAAACAAGGUUGCGUUCUCGCACCAAUUCUAUUCACAAUUAUCUUCUUCAGCAUGAUGCUCCAAAGGGCCAUGGCAGAACUUGAUGAAGAAAACAGCAUUUACAUCCUAUGUCGUACCGAUGGGAGCCUAUUCAACCUAAGGCAUCUGAAGGCCCACACCAAGACCCUAAAACAUCUUCUCCUGCUGCCUCCGUACAAUCCUAAACAUCCACUGACUGAUUACGUGACUAAUGUGGCUGUCCUUGGACAGGCAGGGGUCACCAGUAUUGAGGCCAUGCUGCUGAGAACGCAGCUGCGCUGGGCAGGGCACAUCUCCAGGAUGGAAGAUCACCUCCUCCCUAAGAUUGUGCUCUAUGGUGAACUUGCCACCGGCUGCCGCAAGGGAGGAGCCCCAAAGAGGAGAUACAAGGACUCCCUGAAACAAUACCUCAGCUUUGGCAAUAUUGACUACCAUCAAUGGUCCACUCUGGCCUUGAAUUGGGAGACAUGGAGACGCACCAUCCAUAACGCUGCUGCUUCCUUUGAGAACACACGCAGAAUCAGUCUCAAAGAGAAAGGACAAUGCAGAAAGAACCGUGCCUCGCCCGUACUGCCUAAGGAGACCUUCCGCUAUGUCUUCUGCAACUGGACUUGCCCUUCCUGCAUUGAUCUUUUUAGCCAUCAACAUGCUUGCAGCAAACGUGGCUAA